CCAGAAGUGUUCUGUCCAAGCAGGCAGCAGUCAGUGGGAGUGGGGAGCAGCGGGAGGUUUGGAGGAACAGAGAGAGGAGGAGAAGUCAGAAAGCAGAGGGAGGGAUCAGAAAGAUCCGGAGAAAAAAGUUUCAACGGAACAAGGGAGCUCCAGCUGCCGGUUCGACGGAGAGACAAGCGUCAGAACGAGGGAACCGAUCCCGGCCGUGUGGAUUUGUAUCGCUUUUCUGGAGUCGGUGGGUUGGCGCCUGCUGCCGUGUGUACGUGGUCUCGAGGAUUAGAUGAGUUGGAGCUCGCGAUGAGGAGCGAGCCCGUUCUGUUCGCUUCCAGCAGGGCGAUGGAGGAGCUGGUGACUGAGCUUCGUCUGUUCCUGGACCUGCUGGACAGGGAGUACCUGAGUGCCGGGGUGCGAGAGAAAAAGGUUCACCUCUCCAACAUCCUGCACCGUGUCCUUUUGGACAAAGAACCUUCAUUUAAGUCGGAGAUCCACAGUGGUCUGCCAGCCCCACCUCAGAUGCCCCUCCCAGAGAUUCCCCACCCAUGGCUGGCUCCAAACAGCGACCCUCCUCCUCUGCCCAGCUCCUCUCUUCCAGAAGGCUACUAUGAGGAAGCAGUUCCUUUAAGUCCUGGAAAGGCUCCUGAGUACAUUACCUCCAACUAUGAUUCAGAUGCCAUGAGCAGCUCCUAUGAGUCGUAUGAUGAAGAAGAGGAAGAUGGUAAGAGUCAGAAGAUGCGUCACCAGUGGCCGUCUGAAGAGGCAUCCAUGGACCUGGUGAAAGAUGCUCGUAUCUGCGCUUUUCUGCUGCGCAAGAAACGCUUCGGCCAGUGGAGCAAACUCCUGUGUGUCAUCAAAGACAACAAACUGCUGUGCUACAAAUCAUCUAAAGACCAGACCCCACAGAUGGAGCUUACCCUGUCAGGAUGCAGCAUCAUGCACAUCCCCAAAGAUGGCAAGAAGAAGAAGCACGAGCUGAAGAUUGUCCACCAGGGGGCAGAUGCCCUGGUGCUGGCGGUGCAGAGCAAAGAACAAGCAGAGGAGUGGCUCAAGGUGAUGAGGGAGGUGUGUGUUAAUGGGAGUGCAGACCUGGAUGGGGCUGCAUCUGGAUUACCUGUCUUCAAAACAGAACUGGAGAAGAGAGCAUCGUGUGACCGCCCGAGCUCAGACGGCGAAGCAACCCACGAGAAUGGACACAGUGACAGCAAAGACCAAGGAAAAGCAAAGAAAAAUUCCAAAUCGGAGCAGAAAACUGGGACUGUUGGGAAGGGAGCCAGCAAGAAGAUCACCAAGAUCAUCAGUCUGGGGAAGAAGAAACCCUCCACGGAUGAACAGACUUCAUCUGCAGAGGAAGAUGUUCCUACCUGUGGCUACCUGAACGUGCUGUCCAAUAACCGCUGGAGGGAGCGCUGGUGCCGCCUGAAAGACAACCAGCUGCUCCUCCACAAGGACAGGGAUGACCUGAAGAGCCACAUCGCCUCGCUGCCCCUGCGAGGCUGCGAGGUCAGCCCCGGCCUUGACCACAAACACCGCUUCGCCUUCCGCCUGCUUCGCAACGGCCAGGAGGUGGCGGUGCUGGAGGCCUCCUCCUCUGAGGAGAUGGGGCGCUGGUUGGGAGUGUUACUGGCUGAGACCGGCUCCAACACCGACCCGGCCAACCUGCACUACGACUACAUUGAUGUGGAGACCACUGCCAACGUCAUCCAGCUGGCCAAGCAGUCCUUUUGUUUCACCAGCAAGCGUGCGGUCUCUCCCAGCCCGUACCGGGACAGCCAAGUCAAUGGCUACGCCUGCCCCUCUGGUAUGGCGCUGCACUAUGACGAUGUGCCCAUUAAUGGGAUGGAGCCUGAGUCGCAGUCUUCCGCUGCGAGCACAGGGGGGCGCCAGAUGAAAGAGGAUUUGCAGUAUAAGAACGCAAACCUGUAUGAGAACAUGCCCUCACCUAAGCUGGCCAAGCGCUGUCCUGCCAAGGUUUCCUCUGCUCCUGCUUCGUCCUCCUCCUCUUCUUCUGCCGGUCACUACAAAACUCCUGUUUCUAAAAUCUCCUCUCAGUUCCUCUCCGCUGACCGUAAACCUUCCGACUCUUCUCAGUUCAAGGGAAAGAAGGGCACAAGCAGCAACGGAAUGGGAUCCAAACAGAAAGCGGAGCCAAAGAGUCAUGCCAAGAAGAACGGAGUCAGUGGGGCGAAUGGGACGGCUACUUUGAAACGCAACAACUCCAACGGGGAGCAGUGCAAGUAUGGCAAGAACCGCGUCGAGGCUGACGCCAAGCGACUGCAGGCCAAAGAGGAGGAGCUGAUGAAGAAGAAGCAGGAGAUCAGGAACCAUCUGAUCCAGCUGAAGAAGGAGAGGAGAGACCUGCGCACUGCUGUGGAGGCUGCUGCAGGCAAACGUUCACAGGCGUCGCUGCUGGAACGCCUGAAGAAGGUGGAAGAGGACUGCAAGCUGAGGGAAGAGGAGCGAGUGAACCUUGAGCUGGAGCUCACUGAGGUCAAGGAGAGUCUGAAGAAAGCUCUGAGCGGGGGUGUGACCCUGGGCCUAACCAUCGAACCCAAAGCUGCCUCCUCCGGCCCGCAGUCUCCAGCCAUGCUGCGGCGAACCCAGGAGUCCUCUCCCUUCUCCAGCUGCGAUACCAGUGACACAGAGUCCUGCACACUGCCGGUCAACAGCGCAUCGCUGCUGCGCCGGCAGCAGAGCAGCCAGAAGCCCUCGCCGGUCAGAGGACAUGUCCUCAGGAAGGCUAAGGAAUGGGAGCAGAAGAGCGGCACAUAAACCCCCGGAACCCUCACAACGCCGGCCUUACUUUCCCUCCUUUCUGCUGCAGACAUUGUGUAUAUAUUUAUUUAAAACUGCUCAUACAGUCAGAGUGUGCACAAGACACAGGCAUAGUAUUAUCACCAGCUACAGCAACAAUCUAGGUUACAUAUACUGUACAGACCACUGCAUACUGCCACGGGCGGGGGGGGACUUUGAUGCUUCUUAGCAUGAUCAGCAUGCUGAGUGAUCUCUUCUUACAUUUAAAGCUUUUCUUUAAAAAAAAUUGUUGCCGCAGUUUUUAAGGAAAGAAAUCCAAGUAUUUAUUUGUAUAUUUUUAAAGGAAGUUCAGACUUUCCCUUUUUUAUUUAUGCUGGUUAUUUUUAAGGUAUUUUUAUUUUAUUUUUUAGAAUUUGUGACUCUUGACGAGCAAUGUUUUGCCUUCUUGGAGCUGUGUCCAUCACAGUCACGCUAACAAACACACACCAGAUAACAACAGAACCUCUUUAAAGAGCACGAAGAGAAGCUGGAUUACUCCAGGCUGUCACAACACUAAUGGCUGUAAGGUUGGUUUUUUUUUGUUUUUUUUACCAGAGGUGCUUCAGUUUUACAACACAGGGUGACAGACGACUUGGUACAAAGCACAUCAGGAUUUCAGCUUCAAAUAAGACCCUGGGCUUUGGAUUGCUUCCAAAAGUAGCACGAUACAGCAGAGGGAGCUACGUUUAGGCCGGCUCCCCAAAACUGGGAGUAUAGUGCAAGUGAGGCAUCUAUGAGUCACUUUUUUUAUUGUAUCAAAUCUUUUUCUCCAACUAUUUGACUUGUUUUAGAACAAAAGUUCAGCUGUAAAUCAGUUCUUGUCCUCUCACAACAGCUCCUCAUUCCUAAAUCCAAUAAACGAGGAAGGUGCAGCUAAGAAGCCUCUGAUGGCUUCAUUUGGAGCAGGCUGAAACCUCCGUUGGUGUUUUUAUGUCUAAUUGCCUAAAACCUUUGAUUCAACUUGAAAAAAGCCGGUGUGUAGGGAACGGGCCCAGGAGGGCGUCAGCAGGGGCAGGAUGACUGGACGGAUAGUGCUCCAGGCAUCUAACGGAGCGUCCAACAGCGUGGAAGAAAUUAGUUUUGUUCUCAAAGUCUUUAAAACAACUUGCACCCUGCUAAAUACUAACUUUUCAAACAUAGUGAACUUUUCAAACAGUCAAUAGUACACUGAGUCCAACUGUGACCGUAACUUCCAUCCUUAGUUCAAUUCGUUAUGACCUGUGUCAUAUUUAAAUGGUGCAUUUGCUGAUGCUGGUUGUAUUGUCUCAGCUUUCCUGCCAUUCAUAUGUCUACAAGCUGCUUUAGUGAAAUUUGACAGACGCCGCCUUAGCAUCCACAAUGCUCAGAGCUACAGAAAUGAGCAUAGCUUUUUUGUUUUUUUUCCUGCUCCACCUGGUUAGGGUACAUACGGGGAGAUCAUGAGAGGAAAGUUCAGUCAGGUCUCCGGAGGGUAUCCUUCAUUUCUGCAAGCCACUCACUGUGUUAGCAACAAGACAGCAGCGUAUACGGACUUAAAUCUUCCAAUAUUAGGCCAUGUUCACCAGUGGGAGCACAUGGCAACCUACUGGGUGUUGCAGGAGGCGGGUCUGAAGAUGUAGAGGGUAACUUGGAAUGAGGGUGCAGAUCGAUUCAUCUGUGUGUGUUUAUGCAGCACCUUAUAUAUAGUUUUUUUUCUGUUGUAUAUCUCAGACAGUCUCCAACUCGGGGACACACAUGCUUGUACAUAAGAGAAUAAACUCCUGUGACCAUCA